GGGCGGUGGGGGCGUUAGGUCGCCGGAAAUACGCACCGGUCUCCUACCAACGAAGAAGAAAAAGUAAAUGUGCAACAUGGCGACUCCCAUGCACAGAAUAAUAGCCAGGAGACAAGCGGAGGCAAACAAACAACAUGUGCGAUGCCAGAAGUGCUUGGAGAUGGGACACUGGACGUACGAGUGCACGGGGAAGCGGAAGUAUGUGCACAGACCAUCGAGAACAGUUGAGAUGAAAAAGAAACUCAAGGAGAAUGAAAACAAACCCCUCAGCAUCACCGGACCAGGAAGAGAAGGCUCCAGUGAGAAGAAAAUUAAAAAGAAGGCUAAAGACUCCAGCGACAGCAGCAGUGAUUCAGACGGCUCCUCCAGUGACUCAUCAUCAGACAGCAGCGACUCCUCCAGCUCCUCUUCAGAUGACAGCGACAGCAGCAGUGACAGCGACGAUGACAGCUCUUCCUCCUCCACCUCUUCCUCCUCUUCUUCGUCCUCAGACAGCUCAGACUCAGGGAGCAGCAGCGAUUCAGAUCAAGGACCUCCAAAGAAGAAGAAAAAGAAGAAAUAAAUAAAUAUGUUCGUUAUUA